AUGCUUCAAUCACGCCGCAGCACGAGGGUUUGUUAUGUAGUGAAGUGUUUGAUAAUGGCCUCUCCUUACUUCAUGCAGAGCCGGGCUGCUGUCACUCGGAGCGGGAAUCAGGGUGCUGGCUGCACCCCUGCUGCCUCUCUUCGGUCCAAACUCACCUGCAGACGGAGGGACGCGGAUCCAGGUUCCUCUGCGGCGGUCAAAGUGGAGGAGGAGGAGGCGAGGAUCUCGGAGCAAAGACCUUCCUCGGCCCCCUUAUCGACGGGUGUUGGCUCAGAAUUCCUCCCCAGCACAGCACGUCCAAAAACCGAAGCGGACGCUCCACUGCUGUCUUCACACGGCCGCAGGAGGAGACAGCUAAAGGUGGAAUAUGACAAGGAUGACGGUGUUACACCUGUAAAGACAGAGCACUGGGAACCUCUGGACUGGAAGAAACAAUUAGGAUACAUUCGUGAGAUGAGACGCAACCGUGAUGCACCUGUAGAUAAGAUGGGAGCAGAGAAAUGCUACGAAACAGAGGCCCCUGCACAGGUGAGACGUUUCCAGGUGCUGGUUUCGCUCAUGUUGUCCAGUCAGACCAAGGACCAGGUGACAGCAGCAGCGAUGCAGAAGCUCCGAGCUCACGGCUGCACUGUAGAGAAUAUACUAGCUACUGACGACGAAACACUGGGGAAACUCAUCUACCCUGUCGGCUUCUGGAGGACUAAGGUGAAGUAUCUGAAGCUGACAUCGGCCAUGUUGCAGAAGGAGUUUGGAGGAGACAUCCCAGACAGCGUGGAGGGGCUCGUCCGCCUGCCAGGAGUUGGCCCUAAGAUGGCUCACUUGGCUAUGGACAUUGCCUGGGACCAGGUGUCUGGCAUUGGUGUGGACACACAUGUGCAUCGUAUCUCUAAUAGGCUGGGCUGGCUGAAGAAACCUGCAAAGAACCCGGAAGAAACACGCAAGGCCCUGGAGGAGUGGUUACCCAGGGAGCUGUGGAGUGAGAUCAACUGGCUGCUCGUGGGGUUCGGACAGCAGGUUUGUCUGCCCGUCAACCCUCUCUGCUCUGUAUGUCUGAACCAGCACAGCUGUCCAUCUGCCCACAAGAGCUCUCCUACAAAGAGGCCUAAAGCUGGAUCCCCACGCUCUCCAAGUCCGACCUCUUCCUUUAAAACAAAAACUGAGCCUGAACAGGAAUCUGCUGUUAAAGACGAGAGGAUAAAGAAGCAGCUGCUGCCCACGCCUGUUUCCCCUACCACGAAGAGAAGGAGGCCAAAAAGCAAAGUUAAUCAUUGAUUUAGCUGUUUUUGUCUGAGCUGUGACCAAAUGUUAAACCAGAAGACUUGAAUUUAUUCGCGCACACACUGAAAACACACAUCUGAGCUAAACAUUGACGUCAAUAUUUGUUUCAGGAUAUUUGUAUUUUCAUCAGUUUGUUUGACACUAUAAUGACACGUUUAGCAUUUUAUAUGAGAUAUUUGAGAUAUAUUUUUGUACUGUUAGUGCUUCAUUCUUUAUUAUCAAUUAAAAAAAAA